GCUGUCGCCAGUUUGGCAGGGUUAGGAUUCUUUUUGUUCGGUUAUGACCAGGGUGUCAUGGGUGGUCUGCUCACCCUUCCUACCUUCGUCGAAGUCUUUCCUGAAAUGGACACCAUUUCAAAGCAUCUUACCGCUGAGCAAAAGUCGAAAAAUUCCACCAUCCAAGGUGUUGCCAUUGCACUGUAUGAAAUUGGCUGCAUGAUCGGCGCACUUUCUUGUUCUUCGCUCGGCGAAAAACUCGGAAGAAGGAAGAUCAUCUUCAUCGGCGCCUUCGUCAUGAUUGUCGGCUCCAUCAUUCAGGCUGCUUCUUUUGGCAUAGCCCAGUUCAUUGUCGGACGAGUUGUCACUGGUUUUGGCAAUGGAUUCAUAACAGCAACAGUUCCGGUCUGGCAAUCUGAAUGUUCCCCGGCCCAUCAAAGAGGAAAACUAGUCAUGCUGGAAGGUUGCUUGAUCACUGCGGGUAUCAUGAUCAGUUACUGGGUUGAUCUGGCCUUUUACUUCACCAACGAAUCUUCAGUCUCAUGGAGGAUGCCAAUCGCCCUACAGAUCGUUUUUGCAGUCAUCAUCAUGUCAACGGUUCUCACUCUGCCAGAGUCUCCCCGAUGGCUCGUCAAGAAGGGACACAUCGAACACGCCCGAGAGGUAUUUGCAAGCCUUGGCGGUGUGGAACAAACCCAUCACACUGUCGAGAAGCUCUUGAAACAAGUACAAGAUUCCGUCGAAAAUUGUCCCCCUCCCCGCUUCAUGGACCUGUUCAAGAAUGGAAAGUCUCGCAACUUUCAGCGUACUACCUUGGCGGUGGUCAGCCAGUGUUUCCAACAAAUCAGUGGUAUCAACCUCAUCACUUACUACGCAGCAACGGUUUAUGAGAAUUAUCUACACCUGGGUCCCGUGCUGUCUCGUGUUUUAGCUGCUUGCACCGGAACUGAAUUUUUCUUGGCCUCAUGGAUUGGAGUUUACACCAUUGAACGAUUCGGCAGACGGAAGUUGAUGUUGUACGGGGCUGCCGGAAUGGCGGCCAGUAUGGCUGUUCUUGCGGUUUCAGUAUGGAAGAUCGAGCAGAAUGGCCCCAACUCCACCGACAUCGGACCAGCUAUCGCCGCCACAGUCUUCUUCUUCGUCUACAACACUUUCUUCGGGAUUGGAUGGCUAGGAAUGUCAUGGCUGUACUCUGCCGAAAUCGUUGGUCUGGAAAUCCGAUCUGCUGCCACAGGACUCAGUACCGCUUCCAACUGGAUUUUCAACUUCUUGAUCGUCCUCAUCACUCCGAUCUGUUUUGAUCACAUUGGAUGGAAAACAUAUUUGGUAUUUGCCAUCGUCAACGCGUUCAUUGUCCCGAGUAUAUAUUUCUUCUUUCCGGAAACUGCUUACCGGUCGUUGGAGGAGAUCGAUGAAAUCUUCGCCGUAUCCGGUUGGCUUACGGUCGUCAACAACGCUCGUCCUUCGGUCACCCCCCUGGUCAAACACGACGAGGCAUCUAUGAAAGACGAAGCCGAUGCCGCCGCCGCCGCUAAGGAUGACAUUUCCGCAGAGAAAUAAAUUCUCAAUUAAACUCUCGAUCCCCCUGGAGAACUCCUCAAUCGCCAUUUAUCUCCAUUUGCUAGUUCUAAUUCACUUUUCUUCCAGUUCUACUUUCGACAUUUUGGAGCAUUCUUCGAUCGCCCUUUAACCUCAUCUAUUAUUUCUAAUCUUCAGUCCUCCUAGUUUUAUUUUGGGCAUCUUCCAUUUCAAAUCAAUUGUACAAAAUGCACUCGGGGUCUCUUGGAAAGGGGCAGUUGAAACUUUCACAAUGCCUGACCGGUUCACAUUGAUUAAUGGAAACAACUAUAUUUUACAUGCAUUAGUGACCGCAAAGACAGCCGA